GUCUGCGCAUGUGCGCUCGCCUUUAGGGCGGCCCUAGCUGCUGGUCCUGUACCUCUAUGGUCUCGCCCUAGAGUUUCGCUAUUUUGGGGCAGUGGCCGCAGUCGUGUCGGUAGCAGGCCCCAAGUGACAGCAGUAUGGAGGAAUUCGACUCCGAAGACUUCUCCACGUCGGAUGAGGAUGAGGACUACGUGCCGUCGGGUGGAGAGUACAGUGAAGAUGAUGUCAAUGAAUUAGUGAAGGAAGAUGAAGUGGAUGGUGAAGAGCAGGCUGAGAAAACCAAAGGGAAACGGAGGAAGGCUCAGGGCAUUCCAGCCAGGAAGAGGAAACAAAGUGGCCUCUUGUUAGACGAAGAGGAAGAUGGCAAGGAAGACUCGGGAGGCAGUAGUGAAGAAGAUGAAGAGGAGCAAGAAGGAGGCCUUGGGUCAGAGAAUGCAAGGAAGAAGAAGGAAGAUGAAUUGUGGGCCAGCUUCCUUAAUGAUGUAGGACCAAAGUCAAAAGCAGCCCCCAGCUCCCAAGCUAAGGUAGCAGAGGAGACUGAAGAGACUAGUUCAAAUAAACCGUUGGUCAAAGCAGAUGAGCUAGAGAAACCUAAAGAAUCAGAAAAGGUGAAGAUUACCAAGGUGUUUGACUUUGCUGGCGAAGAAGUGAGGGUGACUAAGGAAGUAGAUGCCACAUCUAAGGAAGCCAAGUCUUUCCUCAAGCAAACAGAGAAAGAAAAACCGCAGGCUCUUGUCACUUCAGCUGCCACACCGCUCCCUGCUGGGUCAGGGAUAAAAAGAACAAGUGGUAUGAGCAGCCUUUUAGGGAAAAUUGGAGCCAAAAAACAGAAAAUGAGCACCCUUGAGAAAUCCAAGUUGGACUGGGAGAGCUUCAAGGAGGAAGAAGGGAUCGGUGAAGAACUGGCCAUCCAUAACCGAGGGAAGGAAGGGUACAUUGAGCGGAAAGCUUUUCUGGAUCGAGUGGACCACAGGCAGUUUGAAAUUGAGCGAGAUCUCAGGCUGAGCAAAAUGAAACCUUGACAUUCUGGGGAGAAUUCCUAGCAGCUUAAUCCUAUUGACAAUGUGAGCUCUUCUCUGUGUUUGUGAAAUGUUUCCAGUGUUCAUCAUGUUUCCAGCAAGCCCCUUUUUCUACGUUGCAGUUUGUUUAAUGUAUCUUAAUCUCACCUGGUUUCAUUAAUUUUCCUUUUUAAAAUUUGUCUUUAAAUAAACAAAUAGAACCCA